AUGUCAAAAAAAGAAAAAAAUACAAGUCUUCAUGUUCAUCGAGUUGAUUUAUCAUUACCCGUUGUUCAAACGGAUUCAUAUGAAAUUUUUUAUACAAUACCUUCACAACAAAAUUUACGUACAGUAUCACAUCGAAAACCACUUAUUGAUAAUAAUAAAAAGUCUACAGAUCAAACAACAAGACUUCGAUCUCCAACUCGUCUUAAACAUCUUAUUGGUCCUGUAUUUGUUAAUGUACUUGUUGAUUCAAAUGCAAUGACAGUUGAAUCAAUAUCGACAAUGGCUGAUACUACAUCAAAUCCAUUGAUAAAUUCUGGUUAUUCUAAUCGAGCAUUGAAAACUUUACCAACAAUAAAUAAACAUUUGAAACAAAAAAAUACUAAAGAUGAUGGUGAACGAUCUCGAUCAUCAUCAGAUGAUAGACUUCUUUGUGAAUCAUUUGGAUCAUUUGAUUAUUUUAAUAUAAAUAAAGCAAAAUCGAAUAAUAUGUGGCAAAAUUUUCAUCAUCCACAAUUAACAUCAACCAAGGCUUUACAUUUAAGAACAUCAUCAAAACGUACAUUAACAUCAAAUGAUACACAAUUAAAAACAUCAAAUACAACAUCAUUAGAUAAUCUUUCACAAGAAUCAACUGCAUCAGUAAAUGAACACCUAUAUGAAAGAAUUGAACAAUUAACAAAAAAUUAUUUUCCAAUGAUACAACAAAUUCGUCAUAGUUGUCAAUGUCCGGAAUUAAUUAAUAAUCGAACCUAUAUUCAUCGUGAAAGAAGUCGAAAUUUUAAGCCAGUUUUAUCCCGAACACGUGUUGUUCGAUAA